ACCGGAUGAUGAGCACGAUGGACGUGGAGGCGUCGCUGGCGUCCACAGUGAAGGUGCAGGAGGCGUUCCGAACGCUCGCGCUGCUGCAGCUUACUUACACAUUGUUUCCUAAAAGCGCCGAGGUAUCAGACGGCGACUGCUUCGACUACGUGAUAGUGGGGGGCGGCGGCGCAGGCUGCGUGCUGGCCAACCGGCUGUCUGAGCAACCAGGCGUCUCCGUGUUGCUCAUCGAAGCGGGUGGUGACCCGCCUAUUGAGUCGCAGUGGCCUGCUUUGCAAACUUAUACACUACGGAGUUAUCUGGACUGGAACUACACGACGACGCCAGACCCGGUAUCACAGCGCUGCCACAAGCAGCACUCGGGGAACUUGGUGGCGGGCCGUGUGCUGGGCGGCAGCACGGCACUCAGCUCGUUGUAUUACGUGCGCGGCAACCCCCGAGACUACGACACCUGGGCCGACCUGCUCGAUGACCGCAAUUGGAGCUGGGACGCCGUCUAUCCUUACUUUAAAAAAGGUGAAGACUUAAAAGACUGCGAAGUCCUGAGCUCCUCGUGCGCGAAAUAUUACGGUACCAGCGGAUACCUGGGACUAACUAGGGACCCCAAUCCCAAAUCGAGGAGAUAUUUGAACGCUUUUAAGGAAUUAAAUUAUUCGACCCCUCUAGAUAUUAAUGGAUGCUCUUUUUCGGGAUAUGUUCAGCAAAUGUUUAUGAUCGCCGACGGCGUGCAACAAAACACCGCUUACGCUUACCUCAGCCCCGUCAAAGACCGAGCGAAUCUUCACGUCCUUAAGCACGCGACGGUCUACGAAAUUUUAUUCGACAGUUCUGAUAGGGCCAUCGGAGUAAAACUGACAAAGGACAAUAAAAACAUAUCUGUGCGAGCUAGAAAAGAAGUGAUCCUGUCUGCGGGCACCUUCAACAGCCCCCAGCUUCUUAUGCUGUCGGGAAUUGGGCCCAAGGAGCACCUACAGGAGCUGGGCAUCCGCGUCCGCAGCGAUUUACCCGUCGGCUUUAACUAUCAAAAUCAUGUAUCCGUUUUUGUUCCUUUCAAAAUGGAUUACUCUCGAGCUCCGCUGGUGCCGACCGAUCCUCGUCGAAGUUCUCUGUUCACAUCGUUCAUCGGUAGCGUCCCGGCGAAUGGUUCUGCGGAUCGCAUAGAGUAUGAAAAUGUCAAUUACAUAGUGCAGCACGACUCGCAGGAUCUAUUACAGUUUUGUGCAUUUUAUCACGGUUACGAAAAUAGACUUUGUCAAACUUUAUUCGAUGAGAGCCGAGGCAGAGACGUGCUGCUUUCGUGCGCGGUUAUGCUGUACCCCGAGUCCCGCGGCCGCGUGAUGCUGCGCAGCGCGGACAUCGCCGAUCCGCCUCUUAUCGACGCGGGCAUCCUGCGCGACGAACGAGACUUGGAGCGAUACGUGGGUUACAUUGAAAAUACUCUCAGGCUACUAAACACCACGUUAUUAAGAAGCGUCAAAGCGGAGGUCGUAGACUUAAAAUUGCAAAUGUGCGAGGGGCUCGAGCUGUGGAGCAAACCGUAUAUUCGUUGCUACGUACGCUGUAUGGUGGCCACGCUGCACCACUACCUGGGCACGUGCGCCAUGGGUUCGGUGGUAGACAGUGAGCUGCGCGUGCACGGCGUGCGCGGUCUGCGCGUGGUAGACGCGAGCGUGAUGCCAAGCAACGUCGGCGGACCCACCACUGCAGCCGUCGUCAUGCUCGCUGAGAAAGCUGCCGACAUCAUAAAAUAUGGUCAUCACAAAAACAUAAAUAAUAAUCAGUGUGAGCCCGAACAAUAUACCCACCAUGAAAAAGACAUCGAACAUAAAAACUUACAAUUCCAAGAAACACAAAAAGAACAUGAAAAUUCUCAAUAUCAAGAAAUACAAAAAGAGGUGACACAUGCCUCCUCCUCCUCUCAAAAUCCCCUUGAGAAAACAAAAAAGGGUUCGAACAUGCAAAUUCUCAAAAUCCCAAUGAAAAAUACAAAAAAAGGACGGACAUAAAAAUUUUCAAAUCUUCAUCAAUUGUGGAUGAUGUUUUUAUUUUGUACUGCGUUAUCAUGAAUUUCUUCAGUUAAUGAAAACCACGCCUACUUAAAUCAUCAUCAUCUCACAUAUGUAAGGUCGCCGCAUCAGGUUUUCGUUUUCCAAAUCGACCUAUUUUCUCUCAUCACUACCUUCUUAAUCAUGACAUCUUGCAUGUAAUCAAUCCAAUCUUCUAACUAUCAAAUCUUUCUAGGUUAAGGUUAAGGUCUAAU